AUGGGUUACGUAGUUUUGGGUUCUUCGGCAAUACUUCAGUAUCUGAACACCAAUUUUAUUCUUACCUACUACUAUGCCUACGUCUCAGUGUACCUGCGACGUGCAGUGAAGGAAACGUCGUCCUUGCCCACAUUUUCGAACACUUUCGUGUAUCUCUGGUGCGCACCUGUCACACUGUUUGCGUGUUGUACACUGAUGUACUACGAACUGUAUCUGCUUACUGACCGCAACGUUAAGCGCGAUGCUGUGGCGGUUCGCAUGCAGGAUGUCGUUCGUCUCUAUAACGCCCAGAUGUCAUUUCCGCUUCUGUUUUUUUUUUUUUUUCAGAAUGUAUAUGGGGCCGCCCUUCUAGCAACCGCGUGUGCUUAUCACAUACCCUUUGUAACGCUUCUUUUUGUGGCUCUUCUCUGGAUCGUGCACAUAAUUUACGUGGUUGAGCAAUACAUGAGAGAGUGGGCAUACUGGCACCGGCGCGGCAGCUCUUUGGGGCUCUGUGGUUGCAUCUCUCUCUCUGCCGCCAUGACGGCAAUCCUUUCCUCGGGUUACGAAGCGAAGGGGUCGCGGUCUGCCUCGUGGAAUGCGUCGUGA